AUGUCAUUGUUGAAAUACCAAAACCUUCUUCGUCACUCUCUACUACUUAUACCAACGACAACAACAAGAACCCUUUCUUCCUCUUUCUUCUCCUCUUCAUCCAGACUCCCCACAAAAUCACCACUCAUCACAAAAGCCUUUUCAUCAUCAUCCUCAGAAAUGGUGAAAGCUAUUCGCGUUCAUGAACUUGGUGGUCCUCAGGUUUUGAAAUGGGAGGAUGUUGAAAUUGGAGAACCUAAAGAAGGAGAAGUUCGUGUUAAGAAUAAAGCUAUUGGUGUUAAUUUCAUUGAUGUUUAUUUUCGUCAAGGGGUUUAUAAGGCUCCUUUGCCAUUUACUCCAGGUAUGGAGGCUGUUGGCAUUGUGACAGCUGUGGGUGCUGGCCGCACUGGUAUACAGGUUGGAGAUCUUGUAGGUUACGUUGGUCAACCAAUGGGCUCAUAUGCUGAAGAGCAGAUUCUUCCUGCAAACAAAGUAAUCCCUAUCCCUUCCUCCAUUGAACCAGCUGUGGCAGCAUCCGUCUUGCUGAAAGGCAUGACAGCUCAAUUUUUGCUCCGCCGUUGCUUCAAGGUUGAACCUGGUCACACAAUUCUUGUCCAUGCUGCAGCUGGAGGAGUUGGAUCCCUGUUGUGCCAGUGGGCAAAUGCACUUGGUGCAACUGUUAUAGGAACUGUAUCCACUAGGGAGAAAGCAGCUCAAGCCAAGGAGGAUGGCUGCCAUCAUGUUAUAAUCUAUAAAGAAGAGGAUUUUGUGGCACGCGUCAACGAAAUUACGUCAGGCGCUGGUGUUGAAGUCGUCUAUGAUUCUGUGGGAAAGGAUACCUUUGAGGGAUCUCUGGCAUCCUUGAAGCUUAGAGGCUACAUGGUCAGUUUCGGACAGUCAUCCGGUUCACCUGAUCCAGUUCCAUUGUCGUCCUUGGCUGCCAAAGCUCUGUUCUUAACAAGGCCUUCCUUGUUUCAAUAUGUUGUCACUCGCGACGAGCUAUUGGAGGCUGCUGGUGAGCUCUUUGCUAAUGUUGCUUCAGGUGUAUUGAAGGUGAGAGUUAAUCAUACUUAUCCAUUGUCUGAAGCAGCAAAAGCACAUGAAGACUUGGAGAAUAGAAAAACCUCUGGGUCUGUUGUGUUGAUCCCAUGA